UUAAAACCAAUUUCAAGAUUACUGGCUCAUGAUAUAACCAACUUACUAGGUAAACAUGAAUUAGUAGAAUUGUCAGAUGAUGGUUUAAUUGUAUUAGUUUUCAAAAAUUAUUAUGCUUCGGAUAGUUUAGUUAUAUAUGACACGAAAGAAAGGCAACAAAUUUUAAUCUUGGGUGAUACCGAAACUAAAGAAAGGCAACACACAAAAAUUCCACAUUACAUAUGUGAACCAUAUAUAACUGAUAUUCAUUGUUCUUUUCUUUACAAUGGAAACUUUAUACUCUUAUACAAGACUUCUUUUGGUUUAUAUAAAAAUGGAUGGAUGUUAGUUACUAAAAGAGGAGAUAAUGGCACAUUUUAUUUUUUGUGGAAUAUGGAGACUGCGACGUUUAAAUUUGAAAUAUUUGGAAAACAUGAAGGACUGGAAAUGGAAAAUUGUAAAAUUAAUAAAUAUAAGAAUGUAUUAGCUAUAUGGAAUAAUGGUUUAGAAGCUUUUUCAACUCAAACUGGCAUUAUGAUUUCAAAUAAUAAAGAAAAUUAUCAAGAUGAAAAUAAUAAAAAUUGGCAUAUUAAUUUUGUAUGCCUGGAUGAGCGUUUUGGUGAACGUUUAUUAGUUACAAAUUUUGAGGAUCAAUCUAAAAUAGUUGCUCAUCUACUAGAUCCAUACUCGCUCAAAUUGGACAAUCCGGUUGACAUUCAUUUUUUAGAUGAUGAAUUUAAUGCCAAAAUAAUACGUGUAUAUAGUGACAAGAUCAUCAGAGUUGUCACCAAUCAGGUUCAAAUCCAUGAAAUUUUUCAGAGUGAACUUGUUGAACGUCUACGAAAUGAUCUUAAGGAUCAAAGCAAUAUUCAUUCUCAAAGUAUUAUAGAGGACAUAUUAGAAAAAAUAAAUAAUGUUGAUAACAAUCAUAACCUUGAUGAUGAAGUAAUCGAACUAAUAGGACAUCAAAAUUCAUGGAAAUACUAUAAAUAUUCUGAUCAACUAUUGAUGUUUCGAAACAAUGAUAUCUCUCAACCAGUUUUAAAAUCAAAUCUGAAAAAAACAGAUUUUAUCGAUCUUAAGAUUUGCGCUUUUAUAUUAUUGUCUAAUGAUGAUUUAAUCGUGAUAUGUGAUCACUAUCAUAACUAUAAUUAUUAUCAAAAUUUAUCAUUUGUUGUGACUGCUAAAGAUGGAAAAUUGCAAAUGAGAUACUUUUUUUCCAAUGAUAAUUUGAAAUUGGAUAAGAAAAAUGAUGCAUCAGAAAACAUUCUUGAAACCAUAUUUUCCGACAAGUAUUUUAGUUGCAUCUUUAAUUUCGAUCGCUAUAGAUUUUUUGCUCUUUUAAAAGAGGCAAUCACGCACCGUAAGAAUGAAAUUGUUGAUAUGGUUUUUAAGCAGUAUAUAAAAUUAAUCAAAGAUGAUACUUCUUUUUUUUUAUUACACUCUCAAGCUUUUUUAAAAGCAGCGAUCACGUACAACAAGAGUGAAGUUGUUGAUAUAAUUUUUAAGCAAUGCAUGAAAUUAAUCAAGGAUGAUCCAGCUAAUAUUAAUAUCCUCAAAAUAAUCUCAUCUCUUUUACCUGAACUUUAUGAGAAUUAUCCAGCAUAUAUUAGUAGAUUUUUAUCACAAACAUCCUUAUUAUUGAGCCCCAAUCAAUUUAAUGAACCGAUGUAUGAAACAAGCUAUCUGUUUCCACAUACUGCUGAACUUCAUAUAUUCGAACAUACACCAAUUUCAAAAACUUACUUUUUCUUACAUUACUACU